AUGGAAGCUCCAAUUGUUCAACACCCAAAAAGGGCCUAUGGGCUGCAUAAUAAUGCAUGUGGAACAUGUGCUAAAGCAAAGGUGAAAUGCAUGCCGUCUGAUCCCGUUGGCAACAAAUGCUAUCGCUGUCAGCGACUUCGAAAGGAAUGCGAAGCUCCAAAUAAACCGAAAAAGCGACUUAAAGCAACCUCCGUGGCUGGACUCGAGAAGAAACUAGAUGAUAUCGUUACUAUUCUGAGUACUGCGAAUCAUAUACCAAAAGCAUCAAUUACACAACGUCAGAGUAACAUCCCAGCGGACAUCAAGUCUAUUAAUCCACCACACUUGCUAGACCAUGUUACUGAACAAAUCCCCAACGACGAGACAUCAAUGUGUUUUGGUGACAAUCUCAAGACUCCAUCCACUGGCAACAAUGCGAAUACAGAUAUAUAUCCAUUAUCUUCAACUAUCCCCCCCAUAAUCGACCUCGAUGAUGAUUACGCACACGCAUUGUUAGCCAUUUUCAAAAGCGACAUGGCUCCAUACUGUCCAUUCGUCCUCAUACCACCCAAUAUCUCACCUCGCCAAUUCCAAGCAGAAAGACCAUUUUUAUGGAAAGCUAUCAUUACAGCUGCAUCUCACCGGAGUCCGACUUUUCAGGAUGCUUUUGGAAUCCGCUCUUUCGAGAAUUUCAUAACUGAAUUGUUGUUAAGGGGUCAGACUGCUAGUCUAGACAAGUUGCAAGCUUUGCUUGUUUAUCUUGGAUGGUUUCAUUAUCAAUCUAUCAUUAAUAAUCAAACAAUCAAUUUGAUUUACCCUGUGAAGUCGAUGGUUACAACACUUGGUCUACAACGAUCAUUGAAGUUGGGUGCAGCUGUGGAGAAGAUUCCAGUUGAUGGUAGCCGACAACCUAAUAAAGACAGACUAAGUAGUCGGAGACUUGAGGAACUUCGGGCUUACGCAGGAUGUUUCUAUGCCACCUCGAUGAUGCCCCCAGGUAGUAGCGUGGAAAGUAUGCGGAAAAUCAAACACACAUUCUACAAUCUCGAAGCAGGAUUUGGUCCUCGUAUCGUUCCACUAAAGAUGUGUAUGGAUUUAAUACAGAAAGAACUAGAAGCUUUUAAACACGAGCUACCCGAAAAUCUAAAAUCGCAUUUCCUCCUAUCAAUCAACUACAGCAUCUCCGAAAUCAAUCUCUACGAAGCGGGUUUAAACGACACCGACUUCACAAAUUCAGACAGUCUCGAACGACUAAGUAUCCUCAACUCCUGCUUAACAUCCGGCAAAUCCUUUCUCGACGACAAAGUCACCCAAUGGAUCGACUUCUCCAUCGGAGCUGCCUAUACCACCUGGGUUCAGGUCGGUUAUGGUAUUCUAGUCGCCUCUAAACUAUGCACCUGUAAAGCCGACGGUUGGGAUCGAGAGUACGCCCGUUCGGCUCUACAUAUCCAACACACAAUUGAUUUCCUGAUUGAAAAACUCAAGAUAAUUAUACACAUUCGAGGGAGAAGUCCAGAACAACUACUUUCACAAUCCCAAUCCCACUCCUCAAACACCACCACCCCCCAAAAAAGACAUAUUCAUCCGUUUUUCCCGGCAACUCCUCCGCAUCAAAAAGUGGCACGAAGCUAA